AUGAUUCUCGGCUCUGAGAUGAUUCCUUGGCACAUGUUGGAGCUAAAGGAGUCCUUGGUACCGUGUCAGGGAUUGCUCUUCCUCCUGGCAGCCCUCGCUGUGGAGUACGCGGCUUCUCAGCGCCUCGUGCAGGUUGCGCCCGAGGUCGCCGACGUGGUGAGGAUCGUGAGCGCCUCUGCGCCGAACAUCGAGAAGCACUCUGCGUCUCGUGCGUACGAGCUCUACCUUAGGCGCCGGGCCGAGUGUCACCAAUGGCGCUUGGUGCGCGAUGACUUUCGGCACCGUGCCGUCAUUCGACUCUGCUGUAUGGCACCUCGGCUUGAAGCCUCUGUGUGGGAAGAGAUCAAGAAGGCCGUGGAAGGUCUCCCCGAAGCCGCACGGGGGAGGAUCGAGAACGAGCUAGGGCUGAAGGAUGGCGUCACGAGCAUGCCCGCCUUUGUCCUGGAGGGGGCCUCUCAGUUCAUGACCCAGGUCGGUAACAAUCCACACCUGGACUACCAGUCGGGGGUGCACCUGCUGGCCCGGGUGUUAGAGGCACAUCUUGCCAGCUUCAAGUCACACGCCGAAGCUUCUUCAGUUAUCAUGGUUUCCGGCUUAGUGUUCACUGCUUUCUGUUUCUGCAGGUCUUGGGCUUCGAUUUGUGGGGAUCCUAUUGAGGUCUUGGGCGUUGAGCGACGUGACGGAAAGUGA